UAUAUUACAAAGCUUGAACUCUUGUUCAAGGCCAAGUUGAUCCAUCCGGCACAUAUGAUUGGAUCCAGAAUAGUGCAGUUGAAUAUUCAUCUUUCGAAAGUCCAAUUUAAUUUUUAUCACCAGACCUCGAUGGCUUCCUUGCUGGUUCCUCCAACUUCUAUACGUGGAAAAAAUUCAUUGGAUUACGAAGCAUUUAAUAUAACAUUAAAAAACAUACCCUGUGUAGUUUUAGCAGAUCAAUAUUUAAGGCAAUUUAUUAAUAAGCUACGACCAUUUUUCUUAAAGUUUCGUAGUUUUAAGUCGGUUCAGUCUUUGGAAACUAUCGACGGCCAAUAUAUCGUUUAUUUAGACCCACGCAAAAUAAAAAAUGUCACAGAUGUUCUUAAAAAAGAAAUACUUUGGAAUAAACUGUAUAAAGAAGUUGAAUUAAAAUUAUCUUAUAUUAAUUGGCAGCCUCACGAAGUUCUUAAUGCUAUUUUACCUGAAGAUAUCGAGGUGCCGACAUCGUUUAGUCAAGUUGGACACAUCAUUCACUUAAAUCUCCGCAAUGAACAAUUACCGUACAAAAAUGUAAUAGGUCAAGUUUAUCUUGAUAAAAUUCCUAACGUCAAAACAGUAGUAAACAAGGUAAAUAUCAUUGACAAUGUAUAUAGGAAUUUUGCAAUGGAAAUUUUGGCUGGCGAACAAAAUACAAUGGUGUCUGUUAAAGAAAAUGGUUGUAUUUAUCAUUUUGACUUCUCUAAAGUGUAUUGGAAUCCAAGGCUAGGUACAGAGCAUUUUGCUUUAGUAAAUUUUAUGAAAAAAGGGGAUGUACUUUACGAUAUAUUUGCCGGUGUAGGUCCAUUUGCCGUUCCAUCCGCUCGCAAAGGCAUUAGAGUUUUAGCAAAUGAUCUAAAUCCAGAAUCUUACAAAUGGUUGGUUAAGAAUGCGCAAGUAAAUAAAGUAACGGAUUUAUUAAUGGCUUUUAAUAAAGAUGGGCGAGAAUUUUUGAAGGUGGAUGUCAAAAAAGAUAUUGUAGAGAGAAGAGAAAAAAAUGAUAACGGCUCAGAGCAUAUAGUAAUGAAUUUGCCGGCCCUCGCAGUCGAAUUUUUAGACGUCUUUGAGAAUUGGUUGAGUAGCGAGGAAAUAGAUAAAGUUUGCUUAAAUCCUCCAGUGGUGCACGUCUACUGCUUCAUUAAAGCUAGUAAGAGCGAUGAUUUUUAUGCUUUAGCUAAACUAUAUAUCGAGAAAAAACUUGGGUAUAACCUUCCCUCCGAGUCUUUGCUAAAUAUUCAUCAAGUGAGAAACAUAGCGUCAAAUAAAGAGAUGAUGCGGGUAUCUUUCUUGUUGACCAAAAAUAUGUUGAAAGAGGAGCCAGCAAUGAAAAAAUUGAAACAUGUGAAUGAUAAUGAUGAUGAUAAUUUUUUAGGAAAUAAUGGGGAAGAACAAGAACAAGAUAAAGAAUGUAUUUAAGGUUUCGGGCCCUCGCUCUCAAAGAGCUAAGGCAAAAGCUAAGAAGGUGAAGACUGCUCUAAAGAAAUUGGAUCUUGGACAGGGAAGUAAGUUGAAUAAGGAAAAGACUAUUCUCAUAAA